CAUUUUCAUUAUGCUUUUCUGUUCUUGUGACUUGUUUCCAGAAUUUGAUCACUUUUCUAAUUUGGUAAUGUUUGGUUACCCAGAAAGAAGAGAUGAAAAGUGAUUUUAUUUUUAAGCUGUUUUAAUUUUUUCACAUGUGCAGUUUUAUUGUUUAUUUUUUCUUGCAAGUGGAGAGACAGUUCAAUAAUUUGAUUUUCAAAAUUAUAAUGAAAUAGCUGGAAAUCUUGGUCCCGAAGAGGACGGGUAUCUGUACCUUAUCUUUUAUAUAUUUUUUAAAAUUGAGUUUAUAUCAUUUGCAUGGACCAUUAUACCCUUGUCUGUUACUGGUAAAAUGUGACGUAGCAGAUUCAAACUCGCAUUUCUGCCCUCAGUGGGAUGUCUCGGGUUCGAACACGCAUUAUCAGUGGUCAGUGAGAUGUCUCGGGUUCGAACAGGCAUUCUGCAAUCAGUGGGGAUGUUGCAGAUUCGAACUUGCAUCGCUCAUUUCUCUGGUUUUUAGAUGAAAAAUAAGUUGUAGUAUGUUUUGGAUUGCAAGGUGGUUAUUUGGUUUGCAAAAUUGAUGGAUUGUUGUCAGAUCUGAAGUAAAAUUCAGGAAACCGUUUAUCACCAUGAGCAGAAAGGUUUACGGCGAGAGAACGACGGGGAGGUCAUCUAGGCCAUAUGCUGCUGAUUAUCAUCAUGAAAUUCACGAAAAUGAGGAAGAUAUAGUGGUAAAAUCUUACCGGAGUCACCGCAAGCACGGGAAUUAUGGAAGGGAAUAUGAAGAUGAGAUGGUUAAGUACAUGUCCAAUUUGCCGGGUUAUUUACAAAGGGGAAGAGAAGAAAGUCGCGAGAAAGUUUUAAAUGUCGGCGUUCUUGAUUGGAACCGUCUAGAACAAUGGAAGAACAGCCGUAAACAUGCAUCACAUAGAAAUAGCAGGAGUUCGUCAUCAAACAAUGAUUCCUCUUCCGUUUCAAAAGAUGGGUUAUCUGGUCAUUCUAGCAAAGAGCAAGGGACAAUAUUGCGUCAGUCGCUGAAAUCUCACUUUAUGGCGUCUUCGAUUCAAGACCAUUCUCAAGCUGUCAAAUUCUCUAGAAGAAGUAUUGGGCACUGUCAGGAUUUUAGAGGUAGCAUCGGUAAUAUUAACACGAAGGACCGUACUAACAGAAGACUAAAAGAAUUCAACAGGGAAUCUUUUGAUCAGCAUAUUGAUAAGGAAAGUGGCAUCAUACGAAAUGAGCAAUUGCAUAAAGCGGCAUCAAGUGCUAUGCUAGAAAUUCGCACUAGAGAUGGUGGAAUGGGAAAAAGAGUAGAGAAAUUGAAUGAACCAAAUAUUGAUAAUGUUUCUAUGCUAGAAAUUCGCACUAGAGAUGGUGGAAUGGGAAAAAGAGUAGAGAAAUUGAAUGAACCAAAUAUUGAUAAUGUUUCGCAAGGUAUGCUAAGAAAAAGAGAGCCGGCUGUUCAUAAUUUGCCUACGAAGUCAAACGAUCAUUCACUAUCAUUCUUAGCUCAGAAGUCAGAAUAUCAUACUCGAUUGAGCUUUUCAGAACAGCCUAAGGAAUUCUUUCGUAAAGAACUAAAUCACGAUAUUUCGCAUUCCGGUGACCUUCCAGAUGAACUUAGCUGUAAUGAUUCUCAAGAUAAAGGUUCUGCUUGCAGUUCCACAGAUAUGGAAAGUUUCAAGCUUCCUGCUUCUACUUUUUCAUCGCCAGCUUCGACUCCCUCGUCACCUUUAUCCGUCAGAGUAGAAAUAAGCCCACCCAAAUCUAGAAAAGCCGAGGAAAGGAAACAAACCAUGGCCAAAACAUCAUCUGCGAAUGCGCCUCUCCAUGAAUUUGACCAAAAAGUAACAUCUGGAAAGUCAAGAAGCUCUUCACCUUUUCGUCAAUUAAGCACCGGCUAUACAAGUAGAGGUUCUGCUUGUAAAGAGACCGGUUACGUGCCGCAUCAGAACUCUAUAACAGCUGCUGAAUAUAGUUCAGACAAUGUAAGAGGUUGUGAGAACUUAAACAUUUCAGGAAAUGAUAAACCUGGUGAUGCUGCUAGAAGCAAGUCAAGCCCUUUACGGAGGUUACUGGAUCCACUGCUGAAACCAAAGACAGCUAAGUUCAGUCACUCCUUGGACUCAUCUCAGAAGGAUUCAUUGUCAAUAAAUAAGAAUUAUAGGUCAGCGAAUGGGAGAUUUUCAACUCUACAUCCAAUCAAAGAAGUGGAUAGGGACCAUAGGGCCGGUUGUAGCGCAGUUAAGACCAUUGAUUCUUCAAAGGACAAGAAGCACGGUCCAUCAACGACUCAAGCUCUUCUGAGAAUUGCUGUGAAGAAUGGUCUGCCCCUUUUUACAUUUGCUGUUAACCAAAUUGACGGCAACAUUCUUGCAGCCAAAGUGAAGAACUUAGGCAGCUCUGGAAAAGACGAAUGCAAUCGCAUCUAUACCUUUUUAACCUUUAGCGAGGUUAAGAAGAAGAAUGGAAGUUGGAUGAGUAAAGCAGGCAGAAGCAAAGAACCUGAUUACCUUCCCCAUGUCGUGGCUCAAAUGAAGGCUUCUGAUAUGCACUAUUAUGAUUUAACCAGCCAGAAUUGUAUGGACUCCUCUACCAUGAAAGAGUUUGUUUUGUUUUCUGUAAAGCUCGGGCAAGGGGAUGCUCAAGACGCCGACUAUCAGCCAAAUGACGAACUUGCUGCUAUUGCCAUCAAAAUACCUAAGGCUAUCAGUUUCAUUAACAGUCAACAUCAUAGCAGUUGCCACAGUGAUAGUCAUGACGCCGUCCGCGCAACGGUUGUGCUCCCAGGCGGGGUUCAUAGUUUUCCAAGUAAAGGUGGACCUUCAUCACUACUUGAACGCUGGAAAUCCGGUGGAUCAUGUGACUGCGGCGGUUGGGAUUUGGCUUGCAAACUUAAAAUUCUUGCUAAUGAAAAUCAAGCCAGUAGAAAACCACGGUCAUCCAAACCUUAUUUUGCAGAUUAUCAAUUCGAUCUUUUUGUUCAGGGGAACAAACAAGACCCGCGCCCAGCAUUCAGCUUAACCCCCUUAGAAAAUGGUAUGAGUUCUGUAGCCUUUGACUCGUCGCUCUCACUUUUGCAAGCAUUCGCCAUUUGCAUUGCAUUAGUCGAUAGCAAGAUGCCAUGUGAGCUUUCUGGUUCAAGAAAGUCGCAAACCGAUGAACUAAAGGCUUUUGGUAAAUUAGAGGAUAUUCCUACAAGUUAUGUUUCUAAUCCACCAGUUUCUCCUGUUGGUAGAGUCUAAAAGUAACAUGUCUUCACAAGCUAGAGUAUAAUAUUAUAGCAGGAUCUUAGUAGUUUUCCUUAACAGAAGCAAGUAUUUCUAUUAAAAAUGCACAAUAUGAUAAACAACCAGUCUCAUAUAUCAAUCAAUUUAACUGUUAAUAGUAUGAGUAAAUUGUUUUCUAUUACUGUGCAUUUUUUCUCAAUACUUGUUUCACCAUGGAAAUAAACACCAGCACUGUAAUGCAAUCAUAACGCUUUGGUAAGAAAUAAGUAAGAGAUCAUGUAUAAUGUUGGAUUCCAAAAAGGAAUAGAUUUAAUAAAGGAGGAAGGAGGAAAAGUUUUCUUUAUUUUUUGUACAACUUUCCUUCAUUUUGUUUAUUCAAUGAGCAUGUGUGGAUGUGCCUUACUACU